AUGCCUCUCGGCUCCCUCCGCCGUCUCUCACACCCCAAAUUAAUGGCACCCAGUACGUUCAUGCGCCGCCCCUUCAGUACCACAUACACGCUCUCCUCCCGCAACUAUGCCACCGUCACCAGCGCUCCAUCCCCCACCGUCACACAAACCGUCGACCUACCCUCCCUCCCAUUCGGCUACGGCAGCUACACGCCCUCGUCCAAUAAAGCGCAAGAAACCCCCAUCCAAAGCAUCCGCAUCCCACGCUUCGCCUCGCUAGCCGCCGAGCGCGCCUUCCGCAAGCUGCACCACGCCGCCGCCCUGCGCUGGUUGGGCCUCAACGGCUACAAUAACGAGGGCGCGGGUGGGCACGUCACGGUGCGCGACCCCCUGCUGCCGGACCAUUUCUGGAUCAACCCGCACGGCAAGUCGUUCAGCCACAUGACGCCGGCGGAUUUGGUGCUUGUGAAUGAGGAUGGGCAGGUCGUCGAUGGCCAGGGCGGCAACAUGCACGCCGUCAACCCGGCGGGCUACGUCAUCCACAACGCCAUUCACCGUGCUCGGCCCGAUGUUGUUGCUGUCGUGCACUGCCAUAGCGUGCCCAGCAAGGCCUUUAGCAGCUUGGGAUGUAUGUUGGAGCCCAUCAAUCAGGAUGCGUGUCGGUUCUACAAAGACCACGGCCUCGCGCCCUUUGGCGGCAUCGCGCUCGAGAAGCACGUGGAGGGCGAGCACAUCGCCGCCGCCCUGGGCUCUACCAAAGCCUGCAUCCUCCAGAACCACGGGCACCUCACGGCGGCCAAGACGGUCGACGGCGCGACCUUCCUCUUCGGCGCCUUCGACCGCUGCAUCCAGGCGCAAUUGAUGGCCGACGCUGCCGCGGCGGGGCGUGCCGCUAGAGGCGAGAGCACGGGCGUGGACACCAUCAAGGCGAGCGAGGAGGUGGCGAACUAUACGCGCGAUAUCUAUAAUGACGAGAUGGCGUAUAUCAUGUUCCAGAGCGCGUUUGAGGAUGUGGUCAAGGCGAGUCGGGGCGAGUUGGCGUUGAGGGUCGAGGGGGAGUUGCCGAGGGAGGGGUGA